AUGUUAAGAAUUAUCAUUACAUCAUUGUUCAUAUCAUCAGUGAUCUGUGCCAACAACAAACCAACUAUUGGCAUCUUAACCAAUCCCUCUGAUAUGAAAGACUAUGAUAAGUCCCUCUACUCCUAUUUCCCUUCCAGUUAUGUUAAGUGGAUUGAAUAGGCAGGGGCUAGAGUGAUUCCAAUUCAUUGGGAUAGUUCUUAUGAUGAGAUCACCGUGAUAUUGAGCCAGAUUAAUGGUGUUCUGUUUACAGGAGGGGAUGCUGACUUGUACUUAAACAACACACAACCAGGAUUCACUUUUAAUAAAUUUACUGAUACAGCAUCUUUUAUUUUUUAAAAAGUUAUUCAAUUUAACAAGGCUGGUAAAUUCUAUCCUUUACUUGGAAUAUGCUAAGGUUUUCAAUUGAUCAAUUAUAUCGCUUCAUCCUACUAUGAAGUCUUGACUAGAAUGACUGAUGACUUAGGUAGGUAGAGGUUGCUUGAGAUUGUUCCUGAAGAAGAUUCAUAUGUGUUGAAUUCUAUAGACAAGUCUACCUUGGAGUACCUCAAGAAUGUUGAUGGUCCAUAUUACUCACAUAACUGGGGAGUCGUACAACAAACCUACGAAAAAUCCUACUCUUUGGGAGCAUUCUUCAAAAUCACAGGUUAUGGCAGAGAUGGAGUCAACUUGAAAUACAUCGCUAUUUGUGAAGGCAGAGAAGUCCCUAUCUAUGGAUAUCAAUUCCAUCCUGAGAAACACCCAUUUGAAUGGAUCACCAAGGCUACUCAUGAUGUCCAACAUAUUACAUAUUCUUAAGAAUUGGCCAUGGCUUUCAUAGCAAUGGCUAGGAAGAAUGACAAUUUCAUCUCUGAUGAAGAAUUAUCCUAAUAUAUCAUCUACAAUUACAAACAAGUCAACAGAAUGCAUGUUCCAAAUACAAGUUUUUCAUAAGUCUACUUAUUCGACAGAAAUCGAAAUGAAACCAGAACAGAUCAACAACAAUUAGGUAUUCAGUGGACUAUCAAAUACUUUAGAAAAUACAAAUGA